CAUGACGCCUGGCCCAAGCUAGCGUAUCAUACACGCAUGUAUCGUGAUUCAUCACUGAAGCUGCAAAGCGAAACUUGCUCCCGUCGCAGCGUCCCGCAGCAUCCUCCGGUGUACUGCAGUUGCCUUAACCUUCUCGUUUUGGACAACUUUGACUCAGCGGCCAUGCCAUCAGUUCCCUUGUCCAAGGAGAGCCCUGUCAAGAGCCCCGUCUGCCCCCAUUCUGCUAAGCUGCACCAACACACCAACGGUGAUGCCAAACUGCGGGAGGGUAGGCUCCUGCACAAUGGGGUUGAAGCGGCAGCUGCGGUAGAGGACCCUGCAGAGCCCAACAGUGGCAUUCAGAGGAAAUGGAUCCGACCAGAUCUCCCCAGCCGCUGCAAGUGGAGCCUUGGGGCCUCACAGGCUGACUCUCCUCAUGUUCAAGUCCCCGGAAAGGUAACGCCUACCAUUCUUCCUAACAUCCUGCACAAAAUCGGUGACACUCCCCUGGUGCGGAUUAACAAGAUCCCUAAAGCAUUUGGACUCAAAUGUGAACUAUUGGCCAAGUGCGAGUUCUUCAACGCCGGCGGCAGUGUCAAAGACAGGAUCAGUCUGCGAAUGGUGGAGGAUGCGGAGAGAGCAGGGACCCUCAAGCCAGGGGACACCAUUAUCGAGCCCACUUCUGGAAACACCGGUAUUGGAUUGGCUCUGGCCGCAGCUGUGAAAGGCUACCGCUGCAUCAUCGUCAUGCCAGAGAAAAUGAGCAUGGAGAAGGUGGAUGUCCUGAGGGCACUUGGAGCCGAGAUUGUCCGCACCCCUACUAGUGCUCGCUUCGAUUCCCCAGAAUCCCACGUGGGAGUUGCCUGGCGCCUGAAGAACGAGAUGCCGAACUCUCACAUCUUGGACCAGUACCGCAACCCGAGCAACCCUCUGGCUCACUACGACACCACAGCAGAAGAAAUCCUGGAGCAGUGCGACGGGAAAAUUGACAUGCUGGUGGCAGGAGCCGGCACUGGAGGAACCAUCACAGGCAUUGCUCGCAAACUAAAGGAACGUUGUCCCAACAUCAAAAUUGUAGGUGUGGACCCAGAAGGUUCUUGCCUCGCUGAGCCAGAGGAACUGAACAAGACGGACAAGACCCAGUAUGAGGUGGAGGGCAUCGGCUAUGACUUCAUCCCCACGGUGCUUGACAGAUCAGUUGUUGAUACCUGGUAUAAGUCCAACGACGAGGAAUCCUUCAACAUGUCCCGUAUGCUAAUCAGGGACGAGGGCCUUCUGUGUGGAGGGAGCUCUGGCACCGCAAUGGCAGCCGCUGUCAACGUUGCCAAAGAGUUGAAGGAAGGCCAGCGCUGUGUUGUCCUCCUGCCAGACUCGGUCCGAAAUUACAUGUCCAAAUUCCUGAGUGACAAAUGGAUGGUACAGAAGGGCUUCCUGAGUGAGGAGGACCUCAUGGUGAAAAAACCCUGGUGGUGGAAUCUUAAUGUGCAAAGUCUGAACCUGUCGGCGCCGCUCACCGUCCUGCCGACCGUCAGCUGCCAGAGGACGAUUAAAAUCCUCAAGGAGAAGGGCUUCGACCAGGCACCUGUGGUGGACGAGUCAGGGUUAAUCCUGGGCAUGGUGACUUUGGGAAACAUGCUGGCCUCUAUACUUGCCGGGAAGAUCAAGCUGUCAGACCCAGUCAACAAAGUGCUCUACAAGCAGUUCAAACGGAUCCGUCUGCUGGAUAACUUGGGAAAGUUGUCCCGCAUUUUGGAAAUCGAUCACUUUGCCUUGGUGAUUCAUGAGCAGAUCCAAUACUUGACAGACGGCUCUCCUAGUCAAAAGCAGAUGGUCUUCGGGGUGGUAACUGCUGUCGACCUGCUCAACUUUGUCACGACGCGCGAGCGGAGGGAGCGUUCUUUCUCAGAUUCCACGGACGAGUUGUCUCUGUGAAGCGCGCCAUUGCACAAUUGUACAGUUCCUGCAGCAACGUAACUCUUCUCCAUUAGUUAGUCGCAAGUAUUAUUAUUAUUUUUUAUAUCCUUAAGGAUUUUGAUUAGGAUUCCUUUUUUCCAUCUAAUCAUGUUUAUGUUGCUGUGUACCGGUACUAUAAUGUUUGUUACACCGUUCAUGUAACUGGGGAUAGGGGCAUUUACUCUCAAGCAAUUAGCUGUUACAAAGUAAAUCUGCUUGCUGUUAAAGUUUUGUUUCAUUACAACACCUUUACUAUCAUCUUCACAAAUAUUUUGGGUUUUUUUCUUGCAGAAUGAAGAGAGUCCAAAAUCAAGAUUUUGACGGGUUGACAUUUAUUUUAGUUGAUAAAUAUUUCAAGUUACAUUGUACGUUGUUUGCUGCUUGUGCUUUGAGUAUAAUCCAAAUCAGAAUGUGUAAAGGUUUUUUCCUACUUUCAGCACAGUGCCAGUAAUUUGAAGUGUUGGGAGGAAAACACUUUUUUUUUUUUUUUAAUUUACUCAGCUUACUGUAAUGAAUGUGUAUGUUUUAAUAAAGGGUAUAAACUGUA